GGUUCCUUCGUGGGCCGACGCCUCCGGCGGAUCGCAGCCUUGUCGCCGCUGAGGAGUUACGGCCGCCGAGUAAAGCGGGGUCGACGCGCGAUGGCCGAGACCUCCGGGAAUCCGCCGCGCAUUCUCUGCCUCUUUGACGUGGAUGGGACCCUCACCCCGCCUCGGCAGAAAAUUGAGCCUGAAAUAGCAGAAUUUCUUCAAGAGCUGAGUAAAAGAGUGAUGAUUGGGGUGGUUGGAGGCUCAGACUACUCCAAAAUAGCAGAACAGCUUGGAGAAGGGGAUGAAGUCAUAAACAAGUUUGAUUACGUCUUUGCAGAAAAUGGCACUGUGCAAUACAAGAAUGGGCAACUAGUCUCAAAGCAGGCUAUCCAGAACCAUCUUGGAGAGGAACUUUUGCAAGAACUGAUCAACUUCUGCCUUAAUUACAUGGCACUUCUAAAGUUGCCCAAGAAACGGGGAACAUUCAUAGAAUUUCGCAAUGGAAUGUUGAACAUCUCUCCCAUUGGUCGAAGCUGCAGCUUGGAAGAACGAAUAGAAUUUUCUGAACUGGACAAGAAAGAAAAGAUACGAGAGAAGUUUGUAGCAGCUCUGCAAAGGGAGUUUGCAGGGAAGGGACUGCGAUUUUCCCGAGGUGGUAUGAUUAGUUUUGACGUUUUUCCAGAGGGCUGGGACAAACGUUAUUGCCUCAACAUCCUUGAGGAUGAAAAAUUUGAUGUCAUACAUUUCUUUGGAAAUGAGACUACCCCUGGUGGGAAUGAUUAUGAAAUCUAUGAUGAUCCUCGGACAGUAGGACAUAGUAUCCACUCUCCCCAGGACACAGUUCGGCGAUGUCGAGAGAUAUUCUUUCCAGAAACAGUGAAUAAAUCUUGACUCACAGAUCUUCUGCUGCUAUUCUUCUUGUUCACUUCAUAAAGGCACCUUUUGAAUUAUAAUCAAGGCUUGCACUUUGGAAAUGGAGGUGAAGUGUGAAAAGGAAAAGAGAGUUAAAGUGCCAUCAACAGUUGGUAGUAGUAAGAAUCUACAGAUCACUGCCUGCCAUAUUUCAUCCUUCCAGCUCCUAAAACGUUCCAUUUUAAAGGGAGCUGUGUCGUUUUCCUAAAACCGUGUGAGAGAAGGAAAGAAAUAGAAAGCUGGUAAUCUCUUCAUAUAUUCACCCAAAUCAAUUUCUGAGAUUAAAAUAAUAGUAUUAAUAGGUUAAAGGCAAAACAACCUGAUCUUUCAAACUAUUUUCAUAUUUUUGAACCCUUAAGAUGGCCUGCUAUUUUUUAAAAUUGGAACCAGGUCCUUUUUUUAAGCUAAUAAUGAAUAGGGAAAACAUCCCCAAUCCAUUACUAGCCAUGCAGAAUGUGGAGGGAAUAGGAAGUAAACUUUGAAACACAGAUCCGAUUGAAAGUGAUUAGUCAUAGACAUCACCAUUCUACUCAGCUUUCACUAUCCAUUAGAAUAUUCUUCUGUGGCUCCUGAUCUAAUAUGUGAAACCAUCUGUUUAAAAUAUGACUUUGGUGCUCAGGUUUAUUUUAUCAUAGAUAAUAUAUUUUUGGUCCAAUAAAAGUAGAGUUUGUGUAUUGACAUCUUUGACACAUCUUCGUAGCCUUGCAUAUUGCAACUGCACUUUCCCACAAUUAGGGGAGCAACCCUUGCUUUAGCUUCAGUUGUUACUGUUUACUUGCACUUUCUUCCCAUUGCCCAAUCAGUCUGACUCUUCAAGCAGGAUUGUACUUUAUCACCUUAAUUAUCCAACCUAACUAUAUAAAUGCUGGCAAUAGCAUUUAUAUCUACUAAUCAGAUUAAUGGAAUAAAAAUGGGAGGCAAACAUAUCU